AUGGUAUUAUCAUGGCAGUUUUGGGCUACUGCAGCCCUGGCGCUCAGUCCGUUCGCUGCUGGCGCUGAGGGGCAGUCCCUUCAGGGUUACAAUGCGACGUCUGAGAUCGAGGCAGGAAUAUUGCUUCACUGCAAGCACAAAGAAGGCUACCUCUGCUUUGAUCGUUGCUUUGAAGGCGGCCAGGGGAGUUGUGCUGCAUAUUUUGAGAGCAAGGUGGUGCCUCCCAAGACCAUAAUAUCAACUGUAAUUUCUUUGGUGACAGACACGGCAACUGUAACCAAGACGUCAACUACAACCGAGACCUCAACUGUAACGAAAACUUUGACUGUCCAAUCGAUCGUUUUGACAACAGAUACUGUCACAGCAUCCUUCACAGCAACAGAGACUGCAACCGCGACCGAGACAGUGCGACAGACCACCCGGCUGACCACGACAGCAACCACAACGAGCUUGUCAACUGUGGUAACAACAUUCCCGCCAAUGACCGUUACCAUGACUCUCUCGGGGUCAACAGUCUUCAGCACUAUUUCUGCAAGCACUAUGACGCGCAUUGAGACUGUAGAGAUCAUUCAAACCAUAACUCUAGCCCCAGAGACGAUCAUCCUAACUACCACAACACCUUCGCCAGUAUCUGUCUGCCCGGCACCUACAGCAGCUGCUCUUGUGGCCCGCCGGUCUAGCAAUCCUAGGCUGAAGUGGGGUUGUGAGCCCGGCUAUAUCUGCAGUCCUCCGAAGCCAGAAGGCUGCAACGUUUGGAGCAGUUGCCCUCCAAAGGACUACGUUUGCGAGCCACAGUAUUGUCGUCCUGCUCCACCACUUCAGAUAGGCCCUGAGACGAGCAGCAAUGAGACGGGCUGGGUGCCUCCCAAUCCUUUUUACUUCAAUUUGGAUCCCACAAAGUUUGGACUCACAGGCUCUAUCUUUGAGAAGUACGAGGUUAUUCAGGUGGUUGAAGGACAGACAACCACGGUGACCACCGGUGACUGGACUCCCCAUGCCUCCGUGGCGCAACCCACGGCCGCUCCAGGCAGCCCGGCCUUGCACAUGUACAAGCCCAAGAAGCGCGAGGACAACUUGAUUGGACCACGCAGGAUCCUGUCUUGGAAGGACCUCAGGAAUGCCGUGAAGCGUGCGAAGAGACUAUAUCGGCGGCAGAACGGGGCAAACCUCCCCCCAAGAAUGGCCGUUUGCUACAGGCCAUGCCACGACGCUUUCCUCGAAGCUCAAGAUAUAGGUUUUCGUCCCCGACUUUGCAUUGAAGGCUCCUCAUACCAGGAUAACGUAAAUGGUUGCUUCGGUUGCCUGGACGUGUGGAGAAACGAGACGCAGACAGGCAGUGUCAGGGAGUACGUUGGGGACCAGUUCGAAGAAUAUCUCGCGUACUGCGAUGUCAACGACGGCACAACCCCGCCGUCGGGUCCGCAGAGUAUUGUAUCAACAGAGCCAGGUCUCACGUCGGCUUCUCAAGGUGGAGCUGUUACAAGCGGAGCGCCAAUUCCGAUCACUUCAACCUCGGUCUCAACUUCAGACUCGGCUUCAGACUCCUCUUCGGUCUCGAGUUCGAACUUGACUUCAGACUCGGCUUCUGACUCCGCGUCGGCCUCGACCUCGACCUCGGCCACUACUACGCCGCCAACUACUGGCCCUGGCCCGACAUCAACAGGCUCUAGUCUACCACGGACUACCGCAACACCUAGGACUACGCCAUCCGUUCCAGUGGUGCCAACCACGCAAUCGCCGCCAACUGUGACAACGGCUGGGGCAGUCCUCUUGAAGGGCAGCCCGGGCACUGCUCUUCUGUUGACGUUGCUUGCAGUUAUUGUUGGUCAAAUUUAA